CAUGCUUGAAGCAUGCAGAGAGGGAUCGAGGAAGCGAGCGAGGGAGGGCGAGAAUAGUGGGGAUGGAUGGUUUGCAGGGUUUAGGUCACUAUUUCGAUCCCACGCCCGAUUUCUCCAUCUCCAUGUAUCACUCAACUGCAAUUGGAGUAUGCUGCCCGUCGCACUGAUACCCAACUUCGUGAAUUAUUUACACCGUGUAAGGGGGGAGGGGGAGUAGUAACAACGCCAAGCUAUUUGACGAAGAAGAAGAAGCGCAACUGACAGCUCCGUGCUGGAUUCGAGGAGCGAGGAAGAAGGACAGAGCGAGAGACAGAGAGGCAAGAAUUCAAGGGGGAGAGAGGCGAGUUGCGAUGACAGUUGAGGGACUAAGCAGACUCCCCUCGUGAGGAUCGGACGCACAACAAGUGGCCUAUGAUGGUUUUGUUCAGGAAGAAGCCAUGCCGUGAUGCCAUUCUUAUAGCUUGUUUUGGAGGUUGGAGGUUGGAGGUUGGAACUUGAUUCUCGUUUUGAUGUGUCUGCAAAGGGACUACCUCCGGAAAUUAGCAACGAGGAGCUCGUGAGCGGUUGGGGUGCGGUGGGUGGGUUCCGGGGCAUACGCACUGUUGAGAGUGCAGCUGGAGCGUGGCUAGAGCAUAUUGAUCUUUACCGGAAAUAUUAGUCUCAUGCAUAGUUGGGAGUUAUAACUUUUCAAGAAUGGGGAAGCACAGAGCAGACAUCGAUAUGCCUCUGCGAUGCUUUAUGUUAUCAAUAUGCCUUUCACUGAUUUGGAGCCAAGUUUUAGCUGCCAUCACCCUUACGGAUGAGGAUUGGGAGGCUGGCUUAGGCGCAGAUAUGUGUCCUGAAAAGACAGACAUACCAGUUGACUCGGUGUUUCCGUCACGUGGUGUUUCUGCCGGUGUUGCACGCGAUGGUGUUGGUGCCGGUGAUGACAGAAUGGUAAUUGCGGAAAUGAAGCAGCUGCUUAGAGAACAGUCAGCUCAGGUAGAGAAACUGAGCGAUCUCAUUACCCUGCUCCAUCAGUCACUUCAGAAAUUCCCUGACCGAAUACCCCAAGUCGUUGCUCCUAUCAACAGGGAGCAGAGUGUAGGUGGUGAUACUAGUCAAAAGUCGACAUUUGGCAACAGCCCAGACCUCGCUAAUGUGAAAUCCAUUUACACGAGUGAGACACCCCAGAGUUCACGGUUAGGAGACGCUGCUGCUUCAGAUUUGGAAAAGUCGAGAGAUGUAGUCCCUGAAGUCUCAACUGCCAGGCCCCCCAAGUCACAAAUAGGAGUGUCUGGGCCCGGGGGUGGAAUGACAAUUGCCCGUUACAAGCCAGCUUGGGCGGAGCACUUCCAGUUUGUUUCGGCUGUUAAGGUGGACGUCGACGUUUCGUGCCUGCACGUACUUCCUCACGAAGGUGAUGAUGGUAUGAGCCGGUAUGUGGCAGUAGGGGAUUCAGCGGGACGUAUUUACAUAUUUUUCAUAUAUGGUGAUUUACUUGUAGACUAUGCUACUCUGUCUAAAGCCCCAGUGACUGCCAUGCUUUCCUUUACACUGCGCAAAAAUGAAUCAUGGCUGGUGACUGGCCAUGCGGAUGGCGCUGUGCUUGUGCAUCGCAUUUGGGAAAUAAUGCAAAGAGGUUCCCAGUCUAGUGAUGAGGCUCACCAGUUAGGUCUAGAGUAUGUGCACUCGCUUGUGGCUCCUUCCUAUGAAGAUGUAGGGAAUUAUGAUCUGAAAAGCAUUUUUGAAACGGGAGCUGAAGUCCCGCACACCGAGGAGGUACUCGAAGGCAUUGGAAGCAAAAGCAAAUUGAUUACUCAUCUGGAGAUGUACAGAGUGGGCAAGAUGAGGUACGUGCUGGUGGCUGACUCUACCGGCAAGAUGCAAGUGUUUCGAGAAAACGGAACUCUUUUUGGAGCUGCUGAUUCAUCAAGUCGUCCGCUUGCGUUUCUGCGAACACCCAAUACACAGCGAUUGUUGUUCCUCACAAAAACUGGUGGUGGUUCUCUUGACCUGCGGACUAUGACUGUGCGGAGCUGUCCCUGCGAUGGACUGAAUGGCUCCACUGUGGUUGCUUAUGCAUUCGAUGCCGCAGGCCGAUCUCGUGCAUAUGGUGUCACUGAAGAGGGCGACCUUGUGUAUGUUAUCCUUUCUGGAGAUACGCUUCACUUUGAAUGCCAUGCCAGGACUACCAAGAGAAAAUUAGACGUAGAAGGCCCUGUUUCCCUGCAUGGUAUUAAGGGCUACUUGGUCGUUGCCACGCCAAAGAAUGUAUUUGUUUAUAACACAACCCUGCAGCUUGGUUUCAGCUAUGCUAACAUUCGGGGUAGUGCUGGGCCCCGACCUCUCUUUAGUGCCUCCUUGGACGAUAUAUCCCUCUCUUUCCUUCCAACGCCUAUUGCUCCAGGAAAGUGGCCCAUGAUGGCUUGCAAUCGUGACAAGCUUAUUGUGGUCGGGUUUGGUGGUGGCUACGUUGGCAUAUACCGAUCCACUUUACCAGUUCAUAAACUACCAGAUUUCAAUGCCAAGCUUUGGAGCAGCCCCAUAUUUAUUUCUGUUAUCCUCCUUCUAGUGGCUUGGCAAUUACUCAGUCGUAAACGUGAUCCAGCCCCAACGGAUAAUAAUAAUGCGGUGAUGCAGAUUGCAUCUAGCCCUGCAUCUGGGUUUGGCUACCGAGAGAAUCGUGAUGGUGCUGGCAGUCUCAAAUCACGAAGCCGCUAUGAGUCCCCUUCUCGUAGCUACACCACUAAUCCUGUGGGUUAUGGUCAAAGCUCUAUGAAUUAUCGAGCAGCCUCGUCAGAUCCUAGCUACUCCACACUGCGGGAGCCUCUUUUUUCGAACCAGACUGUUGGUGAUUUACGGCAUUGAUUUUUUAAAGAAAACAAUGAUUCUCUCUUUUACGUCAUUUUCAGAAAACAUCAUCUGAUGUACCACGUGGCAACUAUCUACAUAGUAUGUUUACGUGUGACGUCUGGUGGUAUGGCAUGAAGAGCAUGAAGAUGCAUUUUCAAGAAAUAGGACUCGAAAUACUUGUUCAAAAUCCUCAGCAAUCAGACAGGCCGGAUGAACCUUGUUCGAUGGCAAUUAAUGGAGGCUUUUGCACACUUCGUUGGAUUACAGAUAUGAUAGGUGGGCUUUUGAUCACCAGAUGUGCAGACGCAAGUACUUGUGGUGUUUAAGGUACUAAGUCUUGUACUGCGAACCUAUUUCUGUCCCUGCUUUAACCAGUAUGUUAUGCUAUUUCUUUAUUCUUUUUUCCUGGUUUGUUGAUGGAGCAUACGUUCGACCGAUUCUGUAUUGGUGGAUGGACUUAAGCAGGUGAUGAUGACGUAGCAGGUGUCAGCUCAACCAUUUCAAUGCCAACCAUCCUUAUUGGGUUGUAAUCAGCCAAGAGUCAGCUAUGUUAGUUCGUAGUGUCGACUCUACUUGUGUGUUCCAGCUUCUGGAUUGCGAAGUGAAAUUUGUCAUCAUCUACAUUAAUUUUAUUUAAUUUCACACUAAAAUCUUAAGUACCUAUUUAUGGUACUACAAGACAACCCUUUUAUAAAAGGCUGCUUAUGUUGAUUCGGCCA